CUGCUGGCGCUGUACGUGUUGCAGGGCAUCCCGCUGGGGCUGGCGGGCAGCGUGCCGCUCAUCCUGCAGAGCAAGAACGCCAGCUACACCGAGCAGGCCUUCUUCAGCUUCGUCUUCUGGCCCUUCAGCCUCAAGCUGCUCUGGGCCCCCCUGGUGGACGCCGUUUACCUGCGGCGCUUCGGCCGCCGCAAGUCGUGGCUGGUGCCCACGCAGUACGUGCUGGGGCUCUUCAUGAUCUACCUGUCCACGCAGGUGGACGUGCUGCUGGGCGACGGGCAGGGCCGCGGCCCCGACGUGGUGGCCCUCACUGUGACUUUCUUCCUCUUCGAGUUCCUGGCGGCCACCCAGGACAUUGCCGUGGAUGGCUGGGCCCUCACCAUGCUGUCCCGGGAGAACGUGGGCUACGCCUCCACCUGCAACUCGGUGGGACAGACGGCUGGCUACUUCCUGGGCAACGUGCUCUUUCUGGCCCUUGAGUCAGCCUCUUUCUGCAACAAGUACCUGCGCUUCCAGCCCCAGCCCCGAGGCAUCGUCACUCUCUCAGAUUUCCUGUUUUUCUGGGGAGCUGUCUUUUUAAUUACCACUACACUUGUGGCCCUUUUCAAAAAAGAAAACAAAGAAUUAACGCCAACUAAAGAAGAAACGCAAGGCAUCACUGAUACAUACAAGCUGCUCUUCUCAAUAAUCAAGAUGCCAGCGGUUUUUACGUUCUGUCUCUUGAUUCUCACAGCAAAGGUUGGAUUUUCAGCAGCAGAUGCUGUAACAGGACUCAAAUUGGUGGAAGAGGGAGUACCUAAGGAGCAUCUAGCCCUGCUGGCAGUUCCAAUGGUUCCUUUACAGAUAAUACUGCCUCUGAUUAUCAGCAAAUACACAGCAGGCCCCCAGCCGCUGAACACGUUUUACAAAGCUAUGCCUUUUAGAUUACUUCUUGGACUGGAAUUUGCUUUUCUGGUAUGGUGGACUCCUAGAGUAAGACACGAAGGAGGAUUUCCUAUCUACUACUAUGCUGUAGUACUGCUGAGCUAUGCUUUACAUCAGAUCUCGCUGUAUAGCAUGUAUGUUGCUAUAAUGGCUUUUAAUGCCAAAGUCAGCGAUCCACUGAUCGGAGGAACCUACAUGACGCUCCUCAAUACUGUGUCAAACCUGGGAGGGAACUGGCCAUCCACUGUUGCACUCUGGCUUGUUGAUCCACUCACGGUUAAAGAGUGUACAGGAGCCCAGGAACAGGCCUGUGGAAAUGCACUUGAGGCAGAACUCUGCACAAAAGCUGGUGGUUCCUGUAUCACCACCCUGGAUGGUUACUACGUGGAAUCUGUCAUCUGUGUCAUCCUGGGGUUUGGCUGGUGGUUCCUGCUUGGGCCAAAGUUCAAAAAGCUGCAGGAUGAAGGACAGUCUUCAUGGAAGUGCAAGAGGACCAACUGAUGCGGUUUGAAUACUGGAUGGACUCGAGGUCAUUUUAGUUUUAUUACAAAGACAUAUCCCAUAAUCAAUAAACAGGAAUAUAGGUAUUUUUACAUGCCAAGUUGCUGAAAAAAUGUUUGGCUGAAACAGUGGUAUGUGUGUAUGUGAUACCACUUGCCUUCCCAAUGUGAAAAUUCAAGUUCAGAAUGUAAUGAUGAGAAAAUGGCACUUAUGUACUGCAUAGAUAUCCCCAUGCUCUAGCUUGAGAGUCAUGGCUUCUGAUAGAAUCAACAUCUGAAUUUUCCAUAUAGUAACUAUGGAAAAGCUAAUUGUGCCACAUUUAUCUAAACAGCAGCUUUGUUAGCUGAGUUCCAGUUCUUAAUUUUCAAACAAAUGAUGUGGUGCAGGCAGUGGACCAGGGGAAGGAUGCGAAAGGUGUUUUGACUUGGAGGUUAAGCACACUGUACUACAGAGUUCAUUGUGGGAAGAGAAAUGUAACACGUCUUUGGGCUUUGUUUCUUCUCACUUUCUGGACUGUAAUCACACCUCAGAGGAUGAAUUAAUGUUUCAGAGAUUCUUUUAAAUGUAUUUUCUGGCUUUUAUAAGCUUUAAAGAUUUAUAAGAAAAUAUUUUUAUAAACAAAGUUACAUUUGUUUAAUUUAUUUCCUCUAUUUCAAAGCAUUUUGAUUUCUUGAUGAAAAGUUGAAGGGAAGUAGGACUUGGGUAACGCACAAUACUCUGAGCCUCCAGCCCUGGUGGUACAAACUGCACAGUGUGGGGGUUAGCACAUAAAACACAGGCUUCGAGAGGAGAGGGUAUGCAGUCCUUCUGAGGCAGUUGUUUCAUUGGGAUUAACUGAUAACGUUGGUUCCUUUGGUGCUGAAAUUGAAGAUAUUCUAAGUCGGGGAGCAGAAAUGUCUCUCUUCCCAGCUAGGGGCAGGAAAAGAAGACAGUGCCUUUGGAAGUGAGUUGGUGAUGACAAACUUGCCAAAUUCCUGGGCAGUGGCAUCCAGCCUGCUCGUGUGUAAAGCAAACAGGGUACAUCGUGUGGUCGAGCUGCUGCAGAAACUGUACUGAUCCUUUACAGCAGAAAUUUCCUGGUGCAUUAAUGAAGAAUGACUUCUCUCUUGAGUGCCUUACUGAUGUACAGCAGGUCUACUGUACUGCUGGAGACAGGGCACUUGUGACAUGAUGGAUGUAUAUGGUACAUCAUUUAAAACAAUUAAAAAAUACCUCUGAAAGGUA